CCUUGUUGCAGCAGAGAGAACAAGAUGGGUCACCAGCAGCUGUACUGGAGCUAUCCAAGAAAAUUUGGCCAGGGUUAUCGUUCUUGCCACAUCUGCUCAAACCAGCAUUGCCUGACCCAGAAGUAUGGCCUUAUUAAUAUGUGCCACCAGUGUUUCCAUCAGUACUCGAAGGAUAUAGGCUUCAUUAAGUUAGACUAA